AUGCCCCGCCGCGACUACAACGAAGAAGACGAUGCGGUCGCUCUCCGCGAGCUCCCUUCCGAGCUGGAGCGACACGACGACGACGAUAAUGGCCAUCAAAAUCGUCGUCACGCGAGCAGCAGCGAGAACGGGCACGAAAGUGAUUCCCAUGUAGAGGCAGAGACACAGGCGCGCCAACGGCGAGAAUCGAGGAAGCGUGCGCUCGUGCUGGUCGGCUCGGCCAUCUCGCAGCUGCCCAUCUGGGGCUUCGCCAUGAACUACGGCAUCUUCCAGGAAUACUACGCCUCCACGCUCGGCACCCCCGCCCUCCCCCUCGCCGGCAGCCCCUCUGCCACGGGCAUCAUCGGCACCACCUCCAACGGCGUCCUCUACCUCUCCAUGCCGCCGCUCUUCCUCCUCCUCACCGCCCGCCCUUCCCGCCACCACCGCCUCUCCCUCGCCCGCCGCCGCCGCCUCGCCGCCCUCCUCGGCAUCCUCCUCUCCUGCGCCGCCUUCCUCCUCGCCUCCGCCGCCCGCCACGUCUGGCACCUCGUCGCCGCGCAGGGCGUCCUCGCCGCCCUGGGGGCCGCCCUGCUCUACUCCCCGCUCACCCUCUCCCUCGGCGAGUGCUUCUCCGGAGGGCAUAAUCGCAACCGUGCCGUUGCGUACGGCCUUACCCUGUCGUGCAAAAACGUCGUCGGCUCGGCGUGUCCCUUUCUCUUGCGCGCCUUGCUUGAUAGGUGCGGCUUCCGCGCCACCAUGUGGAUAUGGACCGGCGUCACGGCCGUGACGAGCAUCCUCGCCGUCGCCCUCGUGCCGCCCACGCACCCCUCGCGCCUCGGGACAGACACCACCCGCGAGGACGACCACGACGACAGCCAUGACCAUCACUCGCCGCGGCGCAGACGACCCCCCAUGCACUUCCUCCGGCACGCCACCUUCUACAUCUACGCCAUAGCCAUCGCCCUACAAUCCUCCGGCUACGGCAUCCCACAGACAUACCUCAACACCUACGCCCACGACGUCGCGCACCUCUCCCAAACGACCGCCACGCUGCUCCUCACCGUCUUCAACGGCCCCGGCAUCAUCGCCUCGCUCUUCUUCGGCUACCUCACCGACAACAAGCGCUUCCCCCUGUCCGCCACCUCCACGAUGGCCAUCGCGGGCGUCAGCUCCGCGCUGUCGGCCCUGCUCUUCUGGGGCCUGGCGCCCCCGCAGAGCGGCUCCAUGGCCCUGCUGGUGGUCUUCUCCGCGACGUUUGGCUUCUUCGCGGGUGGCUACAGCGCGACGUGGGGUGGUGUCAUUAAUGAGCUUGAGGGCGAGGCGGCGCGCCGCAACGAGGCCAUCGACACGGGUUUGGUGUACGGCCUGCUCAACGGGGCGAGGGGCGUGGGCUACGUGAGCGGAGGGCUGGUGGGCGUGCCGCUGCUCAAGGCUGGGAGCGGCGCUCUUUCCGCGGCGAGCACGUUUGGGUAUGGCACAAGCUAUGGGCCGCUGAUCAUAUUCACUGGCAUUUCGUCCCUGUUUGGUGGCUGGGGCCUGCUGUGGAAGGGGGUGGGCAAGCUGUCUAGACAUCGCAUGGCACCCUCUACAACUGUAUCACAUUGA